UAUGCCAAAAUAAAACUUAAGUAACUACAUUAAGUUUUUUAACUAAAUAAAUGAUUUAGAAUAGAAAGGACUUAUUACAUCUAAAUAAAAGCACUUAUUAAAGGUGAAUCUAACAACUAAGGAGUAUUAAUUGAAUAAUCUAAUAUGCACAAUCUAUGAUGAAUAAGAUUACUAAAGUGCCAUCCUUUAAUAUUUAUAAAACAUUGAACCUUAACCAAAGAUAAGAUGUUAAUCAUCUGGAGAAAACGACAGUCCCAUUAGAUAAAGAAGAAGAGGUAACUCUCUUUCAAAAGUAUCGUAAAUUAAUGAGACUAAACUAAUUGCACAGUUAGAUGAAUUAAAUGAUCAACUAAUGACUCUCUGGUAAUCAGAUUCAUAAUUUGUAAUAAAGAUUACUUAAUAUUAAGCAUUUUAAUUAAGAACUCAAUGAUAAAUUAAGGAAAGUUGGAGAAUUCAUUACAAAAACAGCUACUUCAACUCCAAGUAGUUCUUAGAAAUAAGUAUCAAACAUAAUUGAUUCUAAUUAAGUUAUUGAAAAUCUUUAGUAAUUAUAUAAGAAUAUGAAAGUAAAUAUAUUUAUACAUAUUCCAGUAACAUUUUAAUGAUUAUUUGAGAUGCCAUAUACUAUUAAUGGAUGACAAAUUAUCAACUGAGCAUUUAAAUAAUGUUUUAAGAGCCUUUAUGAAAAAUUUAGUAGAUGCAGAUGAAAUAACAUUUAUUUAUAAAAAUGAAAUUUAUAAUUCAGAAAAUGGACAUUUUAAAGAAAUUAAAUUAACCGAUAAAUAAGAAUAAGAAAUUUCAUUGAUUCUAGAGGGCAAUGUUAUUGAUAUUUCUGAGGGCUAUCCAGAAAUAAGUUCUUUAUUUUAAACUACAAAAUUUAAAGGGAACUAUUUACUCAAAAUAUAAAAUUCAUCAUGUUUAUUUUGCUUUCAUUCUCAAGGAGAACAUAAAAUGAUAAUAGAUUCUUUCUUGUCUCUUUGCAAUUAAUAUUAAUUUUUUGAAGAAGUCAAUCAAUUAGCAUAUUUCUUACUUGAAACUCUAAAAUAAGCACGAGUCUAAUGUUUUAAUCCACUAUAACUAUCUCAUAUGAUUUAAGAUAUAGGAAUAGCCUUUAUUAGAUGUUCUAAAUACUUUUUUAUUCAUAAAUCAAUUACUAUUUUAAGUGAAAGAUAUAAAGUUUGUAAGGAUAAUACAUCAUUUAUAAGUAUGCAUCCAUCUGUUGAAUUUGAUUUUAGAGACUCAUUAAAUUUAAGCAUUCAUAUCUGCAUCGAUUUAAAUAGGAAGGAAGAUAUGAAUGUCUAUAAAUAAUUUAAUUUGAGUUACAAUAAAUAUUUAAAAUUUAUCAAACAAUGUUAUGAUAGAACAACUUUUUACAAAUUUUUUGUAAAAUCUUAAGAUUCACUGAUUUUUGAAUUUGAUAAAUAAGGAUAAAUAACAUUUGUUUCAUAACCAAUAACAAGUAAAUUGGCCGAAGAUUUCAAUAUUAGUUUUAAUCCUUAAUUUUAUGAUGCUUCAUACACAAGCAUAUUUAAGAAUAAAAAUUUAAUUUAGCACAUUGAAAAUUAAUUGCAAGAUUAAAAUAAAUGGAAAUUAUCAGAUAGUAAUGCAACUUAUGAAGUGUUUAUGAAAAUGGAAGAGAAGUAUUUCAAAGGAUUUUUUGUAAUAUUUCAAUAGGGUUGGUUCAGAUACAGUUAAAAAUCAUUGGAUGCAAAUUAAUGGAAUAAACUUAGAAAGAGUUUUCUUUAAUAAGAGACGAAUUAAUAUUUGGAUAAACUAGAAUAAAAACAUCCUUAAUUAAAAAAUUCAGUAGUUUAAAUGUUUAAGCCUAAAGCAACUUAAAAAUAAUCUUAAUUUAAAAAUUUUAGUCCAAGUUUUAGUCCUAGACAUUUAGAUUAAAGAAAUUCGCUUUAAGAAAGUGAAAGUAUUCGUUUGAUUCCUAAGACUAAAGGAACAAAUCAUUUUUAUCCAGAUAUGAUAACUGAGAGUUGUAUUGAAAAUAUAGAUAAUUUUGAUUUUAACAUAUUACCUUAUAGUACUGAUUGGUUGGAAAAAUAGAAAGUGGUGUUUUCAAUAUUGAGGAGAAAUAAUUUCAUUUAAGAUUAUAAUAUAAGUGAUGAUGCAUUAUGUAGUUUUUUAUGUGCAUUAGAAUAUAAGUAUAAUAAAAGAGGGAAUUAAUUUCAUAAUUAUGAUCAUGGAGUAACAGUAAUGUAAUGCACACAUGCUAUUAGUUUGGAGAUAUUGAAAACCUAAUAUGCAAAUUUAUUAAAUUAAUUCACAAAAUUUGCAUUGAUAAUGUCUGGUCUUUGUCAUGAUGUAUCACAUACAGGAAGGACAAAUAUUUUUGAGAUAAAUAGUUUAUCAAAUCUGGCUAUUAGAUAUCAUGAUAAGAGUGUUUUAGAAUAACAUCAUGCAGCAACUUCUAUUAAACUGUUAUGUGCUCCUGCUACAAAUAUAAUUCCUAAUUUUACAUCAGCUGAGUUCAGAGAAUUUCGAAAGCUUUUCAUUUCCAAUAUUCUAUAUACAGAUAUAACAGAACAUUUUAAUUUAAUGAAGAAUUUUGAAGCUAGAAUUAAGGAACUUAACUUUGGAACUGAAGAAGAUAUUCGAUUAUUGACUGGUAUGAUUAUUCAUACCUCUGAUUUUACUGGUGGUGCUAAACCAUUUAAAUUGAGUAGAGAAUGGAGUACUAGAGUAAAUAUGGAAUUUUAGGAAUAAUAUAGUUUAGAAGGUAAAUUUGGAUAUCCUUAAUUACCAUAUAUGAAAGAUUUAGAUUAAGUAUUAUAAUCAUUCUAUGUAUUUAGUUACCUAUCAUGGCUAAAUCUGAAGUAGGAUUCUUUAAAUUUAUUGUUAGACCAUUAUGGUCAAUCAUGUCCAAAUUUGCUGAAGAUAGGUUACAAUAAAGUGUAGAUAACCUUGAAUAAACUAUUGUAGAGUGGGAAAAAUUAAUGAUCAAUUGA